GCACUGAAUUACGAAAGACGAUAAAUUACAUGAGACAAUGGAAAAUCCAACUACAGCAGUUGACUCUUCUCCGCCUACUGCGACAACAAUUGCUCUUACAUCUUCAAUACCAGUCGCAACCAUAGCUCCCAUAACUCCAACGUUGGCAACAGCAGCCGCCGUCAUCGAAUCCAAGGAUGUUGCAACACCAAUUUCGACAGCUACAACUGCGGACACUCCAGUCACCGUCGUGAAGACUCUAACACCAGUAGCAACUGUCGUGGAGACUGCAGUACCACCGACAGCAACCGUGAAGGCCGCAGUACCAGCGACAACAAUCGUUCCAGUACCAGCAUCAGAAACAGUGGCAAUGCCAGUUACCGUUGUGGGGACUCCAGCGCCAGUGGCAACUCCAGUGGCUGAUGUGGAGACUCCAGCAUCAGCAGCAGAGCCAAUGGAAAUUUCAGUGGCUGUUGUGAAGAGUCCAGUGCCAGUAGCAGAGCCAGUUGCAACUCCAGUGGCUGUUGUGGAUACCCCUGUAUCAGUAGCAAAUCCAGUAUCAACUCCAGUCGCUGUUGUAGCGCCUCCAGUACCAGCAGCAGAGCCAGUUGUGACUCCAGUGGCUGUUGUGGCGAGACCAGUACCAGUAGCAGAGCCAGUAGCAGAGCCAGUGGCAGCACCAGUGCCUGCUGUGGAGACUCCAGCACCCGCAGCAGAGCCAGCGGCAACUCCAGUGGCUGCUGUGGAAACUCCAGCACCCGCAGCAGAGCCAGCGGCAACUCUAGUAACUGUUGAGGCGACUCCAGCGCUAGUAGCAGAGCCAGUGCCAACUCCAGUGGCUGCACCAGCCGCAGAUCCAGUGGCAACUCCAGUAGCUGUUGAGGCGACUCCAGUGCCAGUCACACAGCCAAUCGCAGCUCCAGUGACUGUUGAGGUGACUCCAGUAGCAGCAGCACAGCCAGUGGCAGCGUCAGUGGCAGCACCAGUGCCUGCUGUGGAGACUCCAGCACCCGCAGCAGAGCCAGCGGCAACUCCAGUGCCUGCUGUGGAAACUCCAGCACCCGCAGCAGAGCCAGCGGCAACUCCAGUAACUGUUGAGGUGACUCCAGUCGCAGCAGCAGAGCCAGCGGCAACUCCAGUGCCAGCACCAGCCGCAGAUCCAGGGGCUGUUGAGGCGACUCCGGUGCCAGUCACACAGCCAAUCGCAGCUCCAGUGGUUGUUGAGGUGACUCCAGUACCAGCAGCACAGCCAGUGGCAGCACCGGUGGCUGCUGUGGAGCUAGCGGCAACUCCAGUGGUUGUUGAAGCGACUCCAAUACCAGCAGCAGAGCCUACGGCAACUCCAGUAGCUGUUGAGCCGACUCCAGUGCCAGUAGCACAGCCAAUCACAGCUCUAGUGACUGUUGAGGUGACUCCAGUACCUGCAGCAGAGCCAGUGGCAGAUCCAGGGGCUGUUGAGGCGACUCCGGUGCCAGUCGCACAGCUAAUCGCAGCUCCAGUGGCUAUUGAGGAGACUCCAGUACCAGCAGCAGAGCCAGUGGCAGUACCAGUGGCCGCUGUGGAGACUACAGCAACAACAGCAGAGCCAGUGCCAACUCCAGUGGCUGUUGAGACGACUCCAGCGCUAGUAGCAGAACCAGUGCCAACUCCAGUGGCAGCACCAGCCGCAGAUCUAAUUGAAACUCCAGUGGCUGUUGAGGCGACUCCAGUACCAGCAGGUGAGCCAGUGGCAGAUCCAGGGGCUGUUGAGGCGACUCCGGUGCCAGUCGCACAGCUAAUCGCAGCUCCAGUGGCUAUUGAGGAGACUCCAGUACCAGCAGCAGAGCCAGUGGCAGUACCAGUGGCCGCUGUGGAGACUACAGCAACAACAGCAGAGCCAGUGCCAACUCCAGUGGCUGUUGAGACGACUCCAGUGCCAGUAGCAGAGUCAGUGGCACCUCCAGUGGCUGUUGAGGCGACUGCAGUGCCAGUAGCAGAGCCAGUGCCAACUCCAGUAGCUGUUGAGUCGACUCCAAUACCAGCAACAGAGCCAGCGGCAACUGCAGUAGCUGCUGUGGCGACUUCAGUAGCAGCAGCAGAGCCAGCGGCAACUCCAGCGGCAGCACCAGCCGCAGAUCCAGGGGCUGUUGAGGCGACUCCGGUGCCAGUCGCACAGCCAAUCGCAGCUCCAGUGGCUGGUGAGUCGACUCCAAUACCAGCAGCAGAGCCAGCGGCAGCGUCAGUGGCAGCACCAGUGGCUGCUGUGGAGCCAGCGGCAACUCCAGUGGUUGUUGAAGCGACUCCAGCGCCAAUAGAAGAGCCAGUGGCAACACCAGUGGCUGUUGAGGUGACUCCUGUACCUGCAGCAGAGCCAGUGGCAACUUCAGUACCUGCUGAGGCGACUCCAACCCCAAUAACAGAUCCAAUCGCAACUCCAGUGACUGUUGAGGCGACUCCAGUACCUGCAGCAGAGCCACUGGCAACUCCAGUGGCUGUUGAGGUGACUUCGACGCCAGUAGCAGCGUCAGUGGCAACUCCAGUGGCUGUUGAGACGACUCCAGUGCCAGUAGUAGAGCCAGUGCCAACUCCAGUGGCUGUUGAGGUGACUCCAGUACCUGCAGCAGAGCCACUGGCAACUCCAGUGGCAACAACAGUGGCUGCUGUGGAAACUCCAGCACCAGCCGCAGAUCCAGUAGCUGUUGAGGUGACUUCGACGCCAGUAGCAGCGUCAGUGGCAGCACCAGUGGCUGCUGUGGAGCCAGUGCCGACUCCAGUGGCUGUUGAGGUGACUCCUGUACCUGCAGCAGAGCCAGUGGCAACUUCAGUACCUGCUGAGGCGACUCCAACCCCAAUAACAGAUCCAAUCGCAACUCCAGUGACUGUUGAGGCGACUCCAGUACCUGCAGCAGAGCCACUGGCAACUCCAGUGGCUGUUGAGGUGACUUCGACGCCAGUAGCAGCGUCAGUGGCAACUCCAGUGGCUGUUGAGACGACUCCAGUGCCAGUAGUAGAGCCAGUGCCAACUCCAGUGGCUGUUGAGGUGACUCCAGUACCUGCAGCAGAGCCACUGGCAACUCCAGUGGCAACAACAGUGGCUGCUGUGGAAACUCCAGCACCAGCCGCAGAUCCAGUAGCUGUUGAGGUGACUUCGACGCCAGUAGCAGCGUCAGUGGCAGCACCAGUGGCUGCUGUGGAGCCAGUGCCGACUCCAGUGGCUGUUGAGGUGACUCCAGUACCUGCAGCAGAGCCAGUGGCAACUCCAGUGGCUGUUGAGGUGACUCCAGUGCCAGUAGCACAGCCAGUGCCAACUCCAGUGGCUGUUGAGGUGACUCCAGUACCUACAGCAGAGCCAGUAGCAGCUCCAGUGCCUGCUGAGGCGACUCCACAGCCAGUAGUAGAGCCAGUGGCAACUCCAGUGGCAGUUGUGGCGACUCCAGUACCUACAGCAGAGCCAGUGGCAACUCCAGUGGCUGUUGAGACGACUCCAGUGCCAGUAGCAGAGGCAGUGACACCUCCAGUGUCUGUUGAGGUGACUCCAGUACCUGCAGCAGAGCCAGUGGCAGCUCCAGAGGCUGCUGAAGUGACUCCAGCACCUGCAGCAGAGCCAGUGCCAACUCCAGUGGCUGUUGAGGUGACUCCAGUACCUACAGCAGAGCCAGUAGCAGCUCCAGUGCCUGCUGAGGCGACUCCACAGCCAGUAGUAGAGCCAGUGGCAACUCGAGUGGCAGUUGUGGCGACUCCAGUACCUACAGCAGAGCCAGUGCCAACUCCAGUGGCUGUUGAGACGACUCCAGUGCCAGUAGCAGAGGCAGUGGCACCUCCAGUGGCUGUUGAGGUGACUCCAGUACCUGCAGCAGAGCCAGUGGCAACUCCAGAGGCUGUUGAAGUGACUCCAGCACCUGCAGCAGAGCCAGUGGCAACUCCAGUGGCUGUUGGGGUGACUCCAGUGCCAGUAGCACAGCCAGUGCCAACUGCAGUGGCUGUUGAGGUGGCUCCAGUACCUACAGCAGAGCCAGUAGCAGCUCCAGUGCCUGCUGAGGCGACUCCACAGCCAGUAGUAGAGCCAGUGGCAACUCCAGUGGCAGUUGUGGCGACUCCAGUACCUACAGCAGAGCCAGUGCCAACUCCAGUGGCUGUUGAGACGACUCCAGUGCCAGUAGCAGAGCCAGUGGCACCUCCAAUGGCUGCUGUGAAGAGUCCAGUACCAGUAGCAGAGUCAGUGUCAACUCCAGGGACUGUUGAAGUGACUCCAGUACCAGUAGCAGAGUCAGUGCCCAUUCCAGUGGCUGUUGUGGAGAAUUCAGAAAACGUAGCAGAGCCAAUGGCAACUCGAGCUGUAGUUGUGGUAGCAGAGUCAAUGUCAACUCCAGUUCCUGCAGUGGUAGUCGCUGCUGUGGAGACUCCAGUUGCAGUGGCAGAUCCAGUGGAGACUCCAGAACUAGCAGCAGAGCCAGUGGCAACUCCAGUCGCGAUUGCGGAAGCUCCUGUGGCAGUAGCAGAGCUAGUGGCAACUCCAGUGGCUGCUGUAGAGACUUCGGCACCAGUAGUAGUACCAGCAGCAACUGUAGUCGCUGUUGUGGAGACUCCAGUAGCAGUGGCAAAUCCAGUGGCAACACCGGUCACUAUUGUGGAGACUCCAGCAGUAGCAAUGCCAGUUGAUAUUGGUGAUACUUCAGUUCCAGUAGCAGAGCCAGUCGCAAUUUCAGUCGCUGUUGCGGAGACUUCCGCACCAGUGGCAACUCCAGUGGCUGUUGUGACGACUUCAGUACCAAUAGUUGAACCAUUGUCAACUCUAGCGGCUGUUGUGGAUCCGGUGACAUCUCCAGUCCCAGUCGUGAAUUCAGGCUCAUCAGAUCCAGAUUGGGAUCAAUCUGCUGUUGUCCCUGUGGCAAAGAUAUUUCCGACACGUAGAGAUCUGCAUACAACAGAUGUGUCGCUGUUGGCCAUCGCAGCCACUUUGGAUGCUAUAGCAGAUAAACUUAAGGAUCAAAGAGCUCGGAACCAGGACAUUAUUGAUCGACUCUGCGAAAUAGAGAAAAUAUUGGGUGUUCCAAAAUAAUUAUGUCACUUGUAUGUAGUUCUUCCUAAAGAAAUCUGAAGAAUAAAUGUUGUUCAACCACUAAAGGCAAUUCAGCAAAAUA